CAGCGCCCGCUCUGCGUACUCGCACAUCGUGCCUCGCUGUGAACGGAGGCACAAAUAGGAGCGGAGAAAAGCGGACCUAACGCUGCCCUUCACUCGGUUACACAGUCGGACACGGCAGGAGGACGGUGAAGCACCGCUAUGUGAAUGGACGUAUGUGUGACCGAGAAGACAAAACAGCUGCUUUUGGAUUGUGUGAAAUUGGUUCAGUCUGGAUUGAAGCAGCCCGGAGGAGGACGCAGCUCAGCCCGGGAGGAGCUUUCUUGAACCGGUCGGGCUGGAAAAAGCCAGAGUAGGGUGGGGGGUUGUCGCAAUGGCAUUUUAAGGUGGUCGUGGGGAGAAUGCUAAUGUGAGCCCUGGUUCCGGGUGGCCGUGCCUCACUGCGGCAUUGGAACAGCACCAUCAUUUCCAUCAUUUCCACACCCCAAGGAAUAAGGACGGGUAAAAAAAACAACAAGCCUCUGCCUUAUUUAUGACUGCCUCUACAGUCCUGCUCACUGAAGGGCUUCUAGCCUGCUGAACUGAUCCUGUGACAAAACCAAGAAAUAAAUCAAUCAAAAUAAAUAAAAUGGGGAACAGUUUUUCGAACAUAUCUGCCUUCCAGUCUCUCCACAUCGUCAUGCUCGGCUUGGACUCGGCCGGCAAGACCACUGUGCUCUACAGACUCAAGUUUAAUGAGUUCGUCAACACGGUGCCUACGAUCGGCUUCAACACGGAGAAGAUCAAGCUGAGCAACGGUGCAGCCAAGGGCAUUAGCUGCCACUUCUGGGACGUGGGAGGCCAGGAGAAGCUGCGGCCCCUCUGGAAGUCCUACAGCCGCUGCACGGAUGGCAUCAUCUACGUGGUGGACUCUGUGGACGUGGACCGCCUGGAGGAGGCCAAGACGGAGCUGCACAAGGUGACCAAGUUCGCGGAGAACCAGGGCACGCCGCUGCUGGUCAUCGCCAACAAGCAGGACCUGCCCAGGUCCCUGCCGGUGGCCGACAUCGAGAAGCAGCUGGCCCUCAGCGAGCUGACCCCAUCCACCUCGUACCACGUCCAGCCUGCCUGCGCCAUCAUCGGCGAAGGCCUGCACGAGGGCAUGGAGAAGCUUUAUGAGAUGAUAGUGAAGCGCCGGAAGGCCCUCAAGCAGAAGAAGAAGCGAUAGCUGAGGGUCCCGUCGGGUGCUUUUGUCCUCCACCACCCCCUUUCCCCUCUUGAUCAUGCCUUUAUUUGUGCUUGUAGCCCUUGGUCCUUUGGGUAGGCCAACAUGGCCAUGCAACAUUGCACUGGUGACUAUGUGACCUUGUUGACGUUGGGGGGUGCUUCUCUUUGCUUUCAGAUGGAUUUGAGUGGCUCUGAACGGCAGACGCCACAAAGAACCCAAAAAUGAACUGAAAAUUUUGAAAAUCAAACACUGAAAACUUAACGUGACGAAGGGCUGGUCCCUUUUCUGCUGCUGUCAGUUUCCCUCUAAUAUACAAGUAGCCUCGUUGUCAAACUGAAGGACUGAAGGAGUUGUCUACUUAAAGCACUGUGAAAAACUACUACGCUGCAGUUUUGGUUCAUGGAAUGCUUGAUGAACUCUGUUUUUUUUGACAGCCUUCUCAAGGCAUAUACUGUGUGCAUCACAAAAAUCCUUCAUGGACAACCCCAGUUGACUUCUGAUGAGUGUGUGAGUGAGCAAGUGAGUGAGUGAACGAGUGAGAGAGGCUCAUGGUUUGUGGAUGUUGCAGUUCAGGCCUGCAUAAGAGAUGGUGUUGGGUACGUUGGGUCUCAUUCUGCGCAUGGACUUUGGUGUACAUGUCCAGGCUUAUGAAGACAUAAAGGAACAUUAUAUGUGGUGGAGGAUGCCUGCCAUCCAUAUGCUUGCAACGUGGUCCACCACUUAGCACUUUUUCUUACCAAAACAGUAGAGUUCAACACUGUAUUGCAAAAAUCAGAUUAUUGUAUAACGCAGUCAAAAAGGUGAAUCUUGAAGUAUUUUUCAAUUAAAAUGUAAAGAGAAAAUGCUUUGAA